CGGGACCGGAGGAGACAGAGCUCCGCCUGGAAACGGGACAGAAGGGUUUCUACAACCGUGCUUGACUUGCAGCGCGGCAGGUGUGCGGCCCCCUACCGGGCCGACUUCCUCCUCAGCCUUCCAGCGUGACAGGUCUCCGACCAGGGAAAGGGCUCCGGCCCCGACCCUGCAGCCCUGGAGUGAGUCCCCGGGGCGCCGGUCCAGAGCCUCCUCUCCUUCCCGCACUCUCCCUGACUCCUCUGCAGAGGCUGGGCCCCUACAACCCUGCUCUCUUAGAGCUGGCGGCCAGGAGCACGGGUUUGGGGCACAGUGAGCCCUCCGCGGUGAAAUGAAGCCCUGAGGGCCGAGGAGCUCCUGGGCUGGCGCUGGUGGGCGCUGGAGCCUGGCCGGGGGUGGGGUGGGGGCCGCCCCGAGGCUGCUGGGACAAAGCCCCAGGCUCUUUGUCUGAGGCCCCCUCCUGAGCUGUGGCGUCCAGGCCUUUACCCAGGACUUUGCAUGAGGCCAAAGAAGGUUGGAGCCGCUCCCCUACCCACCCCUGCUGUCCGGAGGGAGAAACUUAAAUCUGCUCGGAAAGCCGGGGGGGGGUGGUGGUGCACAGAAGUGGAAGGUGUGAGUGAUCAGGACAGGCAGGACAGCUGGAGUGCUCCACACUGUCCAGGGCUCGCGGUGAACCUCCCCCGCGCAGAGAGAGUGCAGGUGGAUUGGAGAGUUAUGAGUGCCAGCCACUGAGGUCUGACUCUGUGGGUGGAGUUCAGGACUGCCCCUCCCUUCGCUUCUCAUCAUCAUUUUCAGUCCCCCCAAGUCAGCUCAGGGCCCAUUCCCUGCCAUCUCGGAACACAUCCACACCCACCCUGGGCUCCCCACCCAGGGUGGGUAAUGCCCCAAAUACACACCCAUCAUCACCUGCCAGGCCAGGACUACAGGCCUGGCUGGCUCAGCUUAGCCAGGCAGUGCACCAGCCUCUCAAAUCUCCGUGCUCUGGAGUGUGCUGUGGUCUCCCUGGAGGCUGCUGGUAAUAAACGGCCCCUCCCCCUUCUGGGAAUCUGUAGCCAGGACAACGGUGUAGAACCCUUCCCUCCUCAGGCCAGCUAGAAGCUCCAGCCAGGCGAGCUGGUGGUGAGGCCUUAGGCUGGGGGGGACAUGAGUAAGAAUCACAGGCAAAGGGCCAGCACCUCUGGCCCUUGCUCUAGGCUGAGGGCAGAGAGCAUAAAGAAGACAUCAGGGGGCUGGGGAUUUAGCUCAGUGGCGCUGGCCUUAUAAGCAAAAGGUCCUGAGUUCGAUCCUUGGUACAAAAAAAAAAAAAAAGACAUCAGGGGAAGUGGACACACUGGGGAUACCUGUGUGGCUAGAUGUCCCAUGCCCUGGGUAUCUCCUUGGGCCUUCUCAGAGAGGGACCCCCUGUGACCUGGCUGUGCUGCCUGGUCCUCUGAUACAUAAGGCGAACCCAACGGCAUCUGGGAUGCAGGGCAGAUGUGGCCCUGCUACCCCUUAGCUCCCCACCUACUUCUAGGAUGGCCCCCAAGCCUGGCCAGGAGUCUGAAGAGGAGCAGGUGCCACUGGCCCUGGCAGGAAGGGAGCCAGUUGGCAAUGACUCUGGGCCUCCAGCCACCAUACCUACAGACACCAUGGCUUCCUCAUGCCCUUGUAACACCAGGCCCCCAUCCACAGAGGUGGGGUCCAUCAGCACGAAGUCCAUCCACAGGGCCAGGCCUGAUGGUGCAGUGAGGUGCUGGGGCUGUAGGUUAGUGCUGGAAGCCCUGGACCCCUGGACACUACGGUUGCUUUGGGAGCAGCGAGAACUGGAGAUCCAGGCUCUGCGGUGGGCUAUCUGGCGGGGCCAGCAUGCUCGGCAGCAGCACAUCCUGCAGGAGGUGGCAGGACUCCCACCUGAGAGGUCAGCCCAGCUCAGCUCCUCCAAGAUUGCUUCUCCUCCCAAGAGCUCCCACAGCCAGGACACAUUCCUGCAGAACCAGGUCCAGAAGCUGACUGUGGAGCUGAGAGCACAGAAGGAACAAGCCCAGCUGGAGAGGGAGUGCUUAGAGGCACAGCUGGCACAGACCAUGGACAAGCUGCAGCAACUGGAGGCUGAGCUGCAGGCCUUCCAGAAGUCCUGCCUCCUGCAUUUAGCCCAGUCCUCCUGGCUGGGCCGCAUCCUGUGGUCCCAGACAGGCAGUGUGGAGGUGAUCACCACAGACACUCUAAUGGAGCCUGGGGACUCCUCCGAGGGUGAUCAGAAGCCCACUGCUGGGGAGGGCUUCCAGAUGGAGGAUGUAGAUUGGAACAGCAUUGCUCAGCGGUACCCCAACCUUCUCACCAGCAUCCAUUCCAGCUCAGAGCAAAAGCAGCCCCAGCUGCCCUCAGGGCUGGACUCACCAGGCUCAGACUCCCCCUGCCAGCUUGUGGAGAGGCAGCACAAGAGCCUGGAGUGGAGCACUCUGCCCUUGGAGGGCACUAGCAGCUCGGGCAUUGCCAGCUUGGACUCCAGCAGCCGCCAGCUGGUCCUGCAUCCCUGGGUGCAGAAGGUGAUAGGGCACCCGCCACCGGCAGCAGACGCUGCCUCUUCUGAACAGAUCGAAGUGUUGGCAAAGAGCUUCAGUGGAGACUCUGAAGAUCUCCGGAAAUGCGUUCCCACCAGUUCGGCCAGCUCUCCCUGGAGCCCGGGGCAGACCUCUGCCCCCCUGCGCCGGGCACACACCGAGGUGAGGGGCAGUCCAGCCAGAGCGGGUCGGGAGGGCAUGAGGGCAGGGCGGAGUCUGCACAGCACCCGCUCCCGCCCUAGCCGGGCCUGUGGCAGCCUGCAAAUCGUGGCUGUCAGUCACCGGGAGAAGUUCCUGGGCAUCCUCAACUGCUCAUCACCGGACACGGCAGACCUGGGUGGCUUGGUGCUGCGGCAGCGGGUGUGGGACUGUCUGGUGCACAUGUUCCGCUUCCCCCGCACGAUGCUGGAGCCUCGGCACCACCUCACGGUGUGGGGAGAAGGCACCGGGGGCAUCCAGCAGCAGCCGCCCUUGUCCUCCGGCCAGGACCCCCUCCAAUUCCACUGUGGCUGGGACUGUGUGACGCUCCUCCUGGAUGCCGAGGGCCAGGUCCUCAGUGAGCACCAGGCGCCACUCCACGUGACCUCGGGUUUGAGCAUCUUCGCCAACAACACCGACUGGUCCAUUGACCGCUUCCCGCUCCCCAAGGCCGGAGCCGGACCCAAUCCCGGGCAUCUCCAGCGCAGACCUCAGCCCUCGAGCCAGGGCCGGGCGCCGAAGGCUGAGAAGCCUGUCCACCCGCGGGAGGUGCCAGCGCAGCCUGAGGGCGCCAAGCUCAAGAUGUCCGAGCCCCUGCCUACCAUCCCUGAGGCAGCGUGGAACCUGGAGCCUGGCGUACUGGGGAAGGAGUGCAGGGUCUGCGUGCGCCAGAGAGGUGUGGACCUGGGCUGCCCCAUGGUAGCCCUGUCGGUACAGAGCACAGCAGAGAGCCGGUUCGGCUUCUGUUUCCUCUGUUGCCCACCCAUCACCGCAGAUGUGCACCUCUGGCAGGUGUAGACCACACAGAAAUCCAGCC